AUCAAGUAGAGUGAACAUCUGGUGGUCGAGGAGACGAAGCGGAUGCCCUUUCUUCUGCGUUUCAAGGUCGUGAUGUUUGGUGUAGCAUUGGGUCUCUCCGGGAAGUCGUUGAUGUGGAAGACGCUCUCGAUCAGCGGCGCUAUGAUGCAGUUUAAUAAUUCCGUUGAAGAGCAUCUCUACCGGGUGGACGCCACGACCGUUUUGAACGAGAUCUACUGGUUUGUGGGCAUUGUUGUCUUGUUGCUCUGUGCCAUGUUCUACACCAUGAAGUUGAUCAAGUGGCGAGGAGGUGUGUAUAGAGAGUUCUUUCAUCCUGUAAGGGUAAACUUUUUCUUUGCUCCUUUUGCAUCAGCAUGUUGUUGCUGCUUGCCACACCCAAACGAUGGGCACCGGGUGGGAUCACUGUGAGGAACUGCUAUGGAGGUUAUGUUCUUUGUAGCCAUGAUGCCGUAUUUUUUGUUGGAUUUAUAUUUGUAUGGAGCAUGGAUGUAUAGUCGAAAGAGAAGUCUUCGAUCGGGCAACCCGACGUAUACAUUGGCAGUAAUCGGAAACUUUAUUGGGGCAAGCCUGGCUGCUACUGUGGGGCAGUACGAUAUUGCGUUGGCUUUCUUUUCAAUCGGAUGUAUAUAUUACUUGCUGGUGUUUAUUUCAAUCUAUCAAGCGAUUUCCCGUGAUUUAUUUCAUCAUUUAACUAUUCCCAAUAUGACAUAUAAUGAAUUUUUGGAAGGAGUAGAUAAUUGCUACGAAGAUGAAAUAGCCAGGGAAGAAAAUGAGAAAAAACACAGUUCUGACGAUCGGGACAGUGUAAGUAUCAAAAGUGAUGACAGUUGUAAUCAUCGUAAGCAUAUAUCAACUAGUCAUGGUAAUGAUGCUGAACAUCAUGGACAUAGUGACCAGCAGAGUGAUCGUCACGAGCACUUAGAUUAUCAAUCUCACCAGCGGCUUGGAGAUUAUCACGGGCAUUCACGUGCAGACCAUCACAGUCACCACUAUGGACAUGGAGAGCGUUCUAGCCAUCAUCAUGGACAUGGAGAUCAUCAUAGUUGUGGACAUUCAGACCAUCACAGCCAUCACCAUCAUGGACAAGACCAUCACGGCCACCAUCACCAUCAUGGAUCAGAUCGUCAUGGCCAUCACCGUCAUGGGCAAGACCAUCACGGCAAUCAUCACCAUCAUGGACAUCAUAGCCAUCAUCACGGACAUGGAGACCACCAUAGCCAUCAUCACGGACAUGGAGACCACCAUAGCCAUCAUCACGGACAUGGAGACCACCAUAACCAUCAUCACGGACAUGGAGACCACCAUAGCCAUCAUCACGGACAUGGAGACCACCAUAGCCAUCAUCAUGGACAUGCAGACCGCCAUAGCCAUCAUCAUGGACAUGGAGACCACCAUAGCCAUCAUCAUGGACAUGCAGACCGCCAUAGCCAUCAUCAUGGACAUGGAGACCACCAUAGCCAUCAUCAUGGACAUGCAGACCGCCAUAGCCAUCAUCAUGGACAUGCAGAUCACCAUACCCAUCACCAUCAUGGACAUAGUGAUCAUCAUCGUCAUCAUCAUCAUGGACACGGUGAUGUUCACUACCAUGGCCACCACAGUCAUCAUCAUGGCUCUCAUCGCAGGUAUCAAGGAAAUCGUCGGUAUAAUCGCUACAAGAAAAACUUAUGUCACAGAUGUGAUGAAAGUGAGUGCUCACACACAGAUGGGAAGCUAACUGAUAGCAGUGAUGAGAUUCAUGAUCCUCUCAGCGAUCACCAUAACCAGCCAUACAAGAUAAGACUUAAUCGGAGACACCGUCACACAAGCAAAAGUAGUGACCGUUGUUCAGGAUGUGAUAAAAUUCAGAAGUGGCAUGAUGACGUGAAAGGUUCUACAGCAGAUGAGGAUUCACCCAAACAAGGUGUGACCGGAGAGACAACACCAUUGCCUCAAACAGGUAAUCAUAUUAAUAAAGACAAUCUUCAAGUAAUUACGAAGGAACAGGUCACUGACGAUGAGUUUGAUCCCAUGUCAGCAUUCACUGGGAGUCGUGUAGAUCUGAGUGUGGGAGAUAACGAGGUGUUUGAGGAGGAGCCAGAUUUAGGUGGCAAGGCAUUGUGUGAUUCUCAGACAAACAAGCAGCUGCUCACGGUGUCUUUAGAUGAGACAGUAUUAUCUCAGGCUCUAAGUGUUAUUACAGAUGGAAUAAAAUCUGAUCAGUCACAUGUUCAGUCAUCAGAUCUGAUUGAUCCUACGUUUGAUAGGAUUUCUGGCAUUGAGGCAAAAGCAUCUGGCAACUCUUUGGGUGUGAUAAAAAGUUACAGUCUUGAUGAAUGCAAGGUUUGUUUGGACUCAUUGUGUCUUGUAGACAGUGAACAGGAUUCGAGUUGUCGAGAGGUUAUGACACGUCGGCAUCCACCACUACUAAAUGGUCGACAGACAGUUCAUGAAUUUGAUUCAAGCAGCGUCACUCUCGAUAACUGCAGUAUCUGUAACGUGUCAAAGACAACAACAAGACCACAGUCACUUAAACUUUCAUCUACUCCUGAAAUUUCAUCCAAGAACUACAUUGCUUCUUUACUAAACUCUUCAUUCCAAGCAAGACAAUUGUUGGAAUCGUCGAUCGUGCAGUUGAGAUCACCACCGCAAAAAUCAGGGUCAUCAAUUCUGCCAUCUGAUUCAACAAAGCGGCACUCGGGAUCACCAACCCGGCACUUGGGAUCACCAACUCGGCUCUCAGGAUCACCAACCCAAAUUUUAGUGGUAGCAACUCAGCAGGAACUUCCAACCGAAAGUGUUACGAACCCAAGCUGCGAUCCUCGAUUAAUGCUGUUGCUUAUUGGUGAUGCCACACUUUCACGGAACAUGGCAGUAAAGGGUUCCGGGCUUCACACAGAGCAAGCAAAUGCAACGAAACCUGGAAUGAGUUCAGUACAGAACGGUACUGUAAAGCUAGUUAUUCCUGCAUCUCCUGUACUCGCUCGCAAGUCAUCUGUAUCAAUGAAAAACAAGCCACCAUCUCCAAAAGGUACUCCGUUGAAGCGAGUGCGAACAACUAGUAUAAACUCUGAUAGCUCGAUCAGAUUUGGUCAAAAGGACAAGGAACUGAAAGAGAAAGAACAAACCAAGUCUUCUGAGAUAAAAGAAGGGAAGGUUAAUGACCUGAAACAUGCGAACUUGGCACUGCUUUUGUAUCCAGACAAUGGCAAUCGUCCAGCUGAUCAUGAACACCACACUGGGAAGUUUCCUAAUCUUCAUCCGUCUAUGCAUCCUGUUUUGUUUCUCUUUGUGGCUCCACCUGCAGCAGCUGCUGUUGCCUGGUCUGAGAUGCAUGGUGAUGUAUUUGAUUCUUUGUCAAAGGCUCUUUUCUUCGUUUCGCUCUUCUUUUUUUUGUCCAUUAUUCGUCAUUUGAGACUCUUUGUGAAAGACACCCCAUUCUCUCUUAGCUACUGGGCAUACACUUUUCCUAUCGCUGCACUAGCUGUUGCUUCCAUUGAAUAUGCCAGCGCUGGCACAGAGCCGAUGAUUGCUAAAUAUGUGGCAUGGUUGCUGGUAGCUGUAGCGUCAGGGCUGAUAGUGGUAGUGGCAGCAAUUACAAUAUAUCAGACUGUUGCUGGUGAUGGAGUAUUUCCAAAUGAUUAUGUUGUUGGAGUUCGCGUGGAAGAAUCAAUAUCAGAUAUAAGCUCUGUCGUAUCAAUGUCAUCGUCAGAAUGUGAAUCAGAUUCCCCUGGGUCCUGUUUGUCUCAAGGAGGCUCUUCCUUGUUGGAAAGACGAAGAAGAAUGCGUCGAAAGAUGUCACGAGAUGUAUACCAAGAACUAGAGAUGCCAGUAAACAGCCUUUCUGCUAGCCCAUCUCCACUGCCUCAUAGAAGAAAUGCUGCUGUGACUACAGUUUUCACAGAAACUGGAGUGUAGAGAAUUAUUGUGUACAGAAAUAGUCUGGUUAACACCUCUAAUUUUGAGUUUGUGUUUACUGGAUGGUAUGGUUUACUUUGCCGUUAUAUGCUAGAACUGGUAUUACUAGAUGAUGAACAACAUUGUACAGAUUGAUUUGAUCUGCUGCUAGUCGGGUAACAGUAACUAGCCUGUUAUACUUCUGAUGUGGUCUAUUUUUAUACCCAGAUCAUGGUGUUUUCUAGUUAAUUGAGUAUAUGAAUAAACUGAUGAGCGAGC